GCAAGUACCCGACAUUUUUGGUACCUUAAGAGUAAAAAGCUAAUUUUGCCCUCCGAAAGGUUUUCUUGUUGCUCUGUUCAAUGCACUAGUUAAUUAGCUACAUUCACCAAAUAUUUUAAACCAAAAAAAGGUAACCCAAGUAUUUUAUCGAGCGAACAAAUUGCGUGUAGAGUCAUUGAAUACUUCCGUGCUUUCCUCUUAAUUAACUCUUUAUUCCUUUGUGCGUGUAUAACUUUUUGUACCUCAGAUCGAUUAUCUACAUCCCUGUUGACGUGGCUGGAGAACCUCAGAAGCUGAUCUGAUUAGCCUGAAAGCCCCCCACGCCCCCCCCAAAAAAACUCAUCUGUGUGGUUGCACAAACUUAGGGCGGUUUCCCGGCCAAGAAUUCUCGGCAGCAGGGCGGGAGAAGAGAGAUGGCGGAGAAGUAGCGCUCCCUCGGAGCGCUCCAAGUUGUUGCUACGAAAACGGAAAGAGGCCAUCACGAAAGAAAAGGAGCGGGGGGGGGAGAGAAAACUAAGGCGGCGGACUCGCAGAGAGAAAGAGAUGGAAAAAUGGGAGGAAGUGGGUUAGAAGCUCGGGGCAGGAGUGGAAAGGCGAAAGCUGCAAAAGACUGCUAAGCUUCCCGACGGCUGAACAAAAAGUGAGACUCAUUAAGAAGUUGAAAAAAGGACAAAGAAGCGAUUGGCACUCUCUCGCUUAGUAUAUGCAGGAAUUCCUCCCUUGUUGCCCGCUUCUAGGCCCAAGACGGCCUUACGUGUGCUCAUUAUCAGUCACUUCCAUGUGGCAACUCUUGCAGUCUUAUCUUUUUCACGAGGUGCUUUUCUAAUGGUGCUGCUGGUGUUAAUUUUUCGAACAUAUUGCCUAAACAGAAGGAUGUGGUAUUUGGAUCAGGACAUGCUAAGCCAGGGUUUGUUCCAAUCAUGGAGAGUUAUUAAAUAAUCUGCAAUGGCUGACAAAAUCAACUAAACUGGUAUGCCAGACUGGUGGGUGAAGCAAUUUAAGAGUUUGUAGUAUUGUAACAAAAUAUAGCUCACCCUUAAAGUUAGUGCCAAGUUUGCAAACUUAUCUGGAAGCAACAGUUGAUCUACGCAUAAGAUUUUAUCCCAUAGAAGAAAUUAACUUUUUUUCUAAAUACCUAAAAGAAGGAAAAGAAAGAAAAUUGCACCAAGAAAACUUAAAAGUGAGUCAAAUCACUUUCACACAGACUUCUUGGACUACUUUAGAACUGCAUUUGAACCUUUCGAACAGAGCCAAUAGUUCUCUAGUUUCUAGUCUGAUUACCUUUUUACAGUACUGUACUCUAGUUCUCCAAAGCCUGUGAGGAAUUCAUUUCCUAUAGGGGGCAAUAUUUGCCUCAUUCCACCAAGGUUUGACCUUCAUCCCUGGAAUUUGCAGAUUUUGCUUAAGGUGGAUCUUUUUCUAUUCAGAUGCAGUAAAAAUAUGCAACCAUGGUUAGAGGUGUUGGAGGGAAAAUCAUCUGAUUUGUUAAAAUGUUGCUGUUAUUUCACAGCAUGAAAAGAAUUUCAAAUGCAAGAAAAAAGAGCCUUACAAUCAAAGACCUACUUCUAAUAGAAAUUGUUCAGAUCAGUGGUAGGUUGCUCCCAGUUCUCUCUGGUUCUUCUCAACUGGUAGUAAAAGUGGCAGGAGGCUCCUCCCACCCGCCCGGAUUUCAUAUUUGACAAUCUGCGCAGAAGUGCGAGCGAAGCAAGAGCGCAUGCGCGCUACCAUUGCAAACCAGUAGUAAAGAUUGCAUCUGCAAUUGGGGCCACCAUGAUAAUAAUAUUUGGACCAUAAUCUACAAAGCACAAUCUCACCUCCAUUGAUGCUUUUCUGCUUUCCCAUCCUAAGUGCUUCAGUUUUUCAGCAAACAAUGACACUUAGAUAAUUUUGGCUGUUCCCACAAAAUGUUGUUUCUGGAUUUAUAUGGAAUACCUGUUAUGUAUCUUUAAAUGUGUUGGCGGGAAACAAGCACGUUGCUGAUUGGUUGAAGCCGCCGGUUAAACAGUAUAUAUGGAGAGGUUUUUCCCCAGCCAGGUUGCUGGGUUCACCCUAUAUUAAAGAGCUGUUGUCACUACCCUGGUCUCCAGCCUCGUUACUUCCCGAACUUAACACUGGCGACGAGGGUGGGAUCUCGAGGCUAAGGAGUACCAGAACCGAGCUGAAGCACGGAAGAACCGAACCCAGCAAACCCAGGGCAGAAACGCGGAGAUGGCCAGUUACACUCCGCCCGCGCCGUUUGACCCAGCCAGAGAGAAAUGGGGAACGUACAUGACCCGUUUCGAAAGCUUCCUAGAAGCAAACGAACUGCAAGGAGUUCCAGACAACCGCAAAAGGGCUUAUUUCUUGAGCCACUGCGGUCCUGAGGUCAUUGACAUCGCGGAAGCCCUGGCAGAGCCAACGCCGAUACAAUCGGUAUCGUGGCAAACUCUGCAAACCCUGCUAAAAAACCAUUUCGCGCCAACUCCGUCCAAAUACGUGCGGCGUUUUGAAUUUGGAGAGCGCAGACAGCUAGAGGGCGAAUCCAUCAGCGACUACAUGGCCGCCCUGCGGAAAGCCUCCAAAGACUGUGGGUACCGAGACCUGGACGAGGCGCUGCUCGAGCAACUCAUCCGUGGGGUCAGAGACAUUCGUUUGCGGAGGCGGCUGCUAUCAAAGAGCAACCUAACGCUGGCAAACGCUCUGGACGAAGCCAGAGCUCAUGAGAUGUCCACCCAAGCGGCGGAAACCCUGCAAAAGCCACUCACACCGAAGGCGAGCACAAAGCCAACCCCAGUGCACCAAGAAGAGAUCCAGACCGAAUCAGACGGUGAGGAUGAGGAAGGGGUCUGUCGAACCGAAAGACGUGGCAAAGAAGACCGGGACGAAUGCGGAAGUUGCGGAGGUCAACACCAGCGUCAACAAUGCAAGUUCAAGGACGCUACAUGUCGGCGGUGCGAAAAGAAGGGGCACCUGGCUCAAGUCUGUCGAGCCCCCCAACCUUCCCGCCGAAAAUUCAAAUCAGCCAAUCAGAGCGCGGGAUCGGCAAGGCGACCUGUGAUUGGCGCAAACAAAAAAGGCGCGAACUCGAAUCAAACGACCGUGAUAAUAGGCCGCGCCACAACCCGGGUGGAGAAGAAAAUCUUCACCAAACCCAACAAAGAAGGAGUGCCGUGCCGACUAGAAGUGGACACCGGGUCAGCGAUCACAAUCAUGUCCUGGGACACUUUUGCAAAAGCUUUGCCUUUAGUCGCAAAACGCCACCUGCAAACACAACGGCUACGAGUCCACGACUACCAAGGGAAUUGCAUCCCUGUUCGAGGGACCACCUCUGUCCGAGUCGAGUACGGACCACACAAGAAGACCCUGCUCAUCACGAUCGUCGAAGGGACCCUGCCAAGUUUGUUGGGUCUAGACUGGUUCCGUGCAUUGGGCAUGGGAGUGACUGGCAUCUACAGAAGCGACGUUAACCUUAAAGAUGCACUCAUGAGUGAAUUUGAAGAUGUGUUCAAGGACUGCCUGGGCAAGUACAAGGGGACCCCUAUUUCCUUUAAUCUAGACCCCCAGGUAGCCCCUAUCCGGAUAAAAGCAAGGAGGGUACCGUUCGCCCUUAAGCCCAAGAUUGAUAGGGAGAUAGACAAGUUAAUAAGGCAGGGGAUAUUGGUACUAGUCGACCAUGCCAAAUGGGAGACGCCAAUCAUCACCCCUGUGAAACAAGAUGGGUCAGUAAGAAUCUGCGCUGAUUACAAGGCGACGUUAAACAAAGCCUUGCAAAAGAGCGCUUACCCAGUUCCCGUGGUGCAACACUUGCUGCACUCGUUGGGACGAGGGCAAGUUUUUGCUAAAUUAGAUUUAGCACAAGCCUAUCAACAGCUACCCGUAGACGCAGCCACAGCCGAAGCCCAAACGAUCGUGACGCAUAGAGGGGCUUUCAAGUGCACCCGGUUACAGUUUGGGGUGAGUGUGGCACCAGGUCUAUUUCAAAACUUAAUGGAGCGACUUCUGCAAGGGCUCCCCGGGGUAGUUCCCUAUUUUGAUGAUGUGUUGGUGUCGGCAGAAAAUUUAGAGGAACUGGGGGAGCGUCUGAGAAAAGUUUUGGGCAUUUUCCGGUCAGCCGGUCUAAAGCUUAAAGUAAACAAAUGCCAAAUAGGGGUAGAAUCCGUAGAAUUCUUGGGCUACAGAAUAGACAAAGAGGGAAUCCACCCCACCGAGAGCAAGGUCAAGGCAAUAAGGAAGGCUCCAGCGCCCAAAAACAAAACAGAGCUACAGGUUUUCCUGGGUCUAGUGAACUUUUACGCGGUUUUUUUAAAAAACAAGGCAACCGUUGCCGAGCCGCUACAUAAGUUGCUGGGAAAGAAGGCUGUUUGGUCUUGGGGGAAGCCUGAAGCCAGGGCUUUCGAAGCAGUAAAAAACCUACUCUCGAGUGAUAGCUUGCUAAUUCAGUACCACAGCAAAAUGCCAUUGGUUCUAGUAUGUGACGCUUCCCCUUACGGAGUGGGGGCUGUGCUCAGCCACAGGCUCCCAAAUGGCACAGAAGCCCCAAUAGCGUUCUAUUCCAGAACAAUGUCCUCAACAGAGAGGAACUAUAGUCAGUUGGAUAAGGAAGCCCUAGCUAUAGUGUCAGGGGUAAAGAAGUUUCACGAAUACGUGUUCGGCAGAGACUUUGAAAUUGUCACAGACCAUAGACCGCUGUUAGGGUUAUUGGCUGGCGACCGCCCAACGCCGGCGGCCCUUUCACCCCGUUUGACCAGAUGGACUAUCUUUUUGGCUGCUUACUCCUACAAGCUACAGCAUCGACCAGGAAAAGACCUGGGGCAUGCGGACGCGUUAAGCAGAUGCCCACUGCCAGGGGCAAUCGAGGACCCCACUCCGGGAGCACCUAUACUAUUGAUUGACUCUCUGGACUCUGGCCCAGUCACAUCCAAGGAGGUGGCUAGGGCGUCUUAUCGGGACGUUACCUUAAGAACUGUACUUGGUUGGGUGCAAAGAGGGUGGCCCGCUGCGCCGGGCGAGCGUUUUAAGGAAUUUGUAAAAAAGCGUGGGGAACUAUCGGCUCAAGGGGGGUGCCUGCUAUGGGGGGAUCGAGUGGUGAUCCCGGAGAAAUUGAGGGCAAAGGUAUUAGACCUUCUCCACGAGGGUCACCCAGGGAUCGUAAGGAUGAAGGGGCUAGCGAGAAGCUAUGUGUGGUGGCCCCUAAUGGACUCAGAAAUUGCUGAGAAGGUAGGGAAAUGCCUGGCCUGUCAGGAAUCCAGACCACUACCCCCAACGGCCCCAGUCAGGGAAUGGGAAAAACCCCAAGGGCCCUGGUCGAGAAUCCACAUUGAUUUUGCUGGCCCCUUCCACGGCCAAACCUUUCUAGUGGUAGUCGACGCCUUCUCUAAAUGGCUGGAAAUCAUUCUCAUGAGAUCCAUGACAGCCGAGGCGGUAAUCGCAGCCCUACGGCACCUGUUUGCAACCCACGGGCUGCCCGACACGCUAGUAUCCGAUAACGGCCCGCAAUUCACGGCAACACAGUUUGAGGAAUACCUGGCAGAUGCGGGCAUCCGGCAUGCCCUCUCUGCGCCUUUCCACCCUGCGUCGAAUGGCCUUGCAGAGCGUUCCGUCCGGAGCGCAAAAGAGGCAUUGUCAAGACUCAAGCCAGGCGACUGGCAAACAAAGAUAGAUUUCUUUCUAGCGGUCCAGCAUAGAACCCCCAGCACCGCAACAGGCAGAAGCCCAGCCGAAUUAUUGAUGGGACGGAAGCUCCGGUGCCCACUAGACCGUUUAAAUCCCCAGUACACACCUGAGGGUUACCAGGGGGAACUUGGAAAGACUAGAGAAAUGGACAUAGGCGAUCGAGUGUGGGCGCGCAACUAUGGGGACGGCCCAAGUUGGCUGGCAGGGCAAAUCAUAAAAGCAACCGGUCCAAAGUCAUACUUAGUUGAGUUAAAAGACAACCGAGUAUGGAGGCGCCACAUAGAUCAAAUAAGAAAAAGAAUAGCCGAACAAUCCGAGCUAAAUGAAACAGACCAUGACCCCACAUUAUAUCAAAAAAUAAAGCAAAUACAGAGGUUGUUGGAGUUGUAUUGUAUGGAGCGUCUUGAGCUCCUCAGCGACAGCGGGUCGGGUUUCCAGAGCCGGGAAACCAUGUGGAGCCGACCACCGAGCUGCCGAAAGCCCUCCGCCUCUUACUUAAGCUCUCCGGUGGCCGAUGGAGAGGUUUUUAACCUCAUUGGAUUCUCGGCCGCCGAGAACGAGGCUGGAGAUAUGACUAGGCAGCGGGCGGCGGUGGGCGGCGGCGGCCAUCUUGGGGGGGUGCGGAACAGCGCUCCCUGA